CCACAACACAAGCGGGCAAGGACACAAGAGAGAGGGCAUACCAGAGGCCCAGCUCACACGCCAGGCGCCAGGAUGCCUAUCAGAUCAUGGUUCCCGAACAUGGUGAUGGCCAUGAUUUCCGGGCCGAGUAGAUCAAGACCGGCUCAGGCAUCGUUCAAGAUUCAGCCCAGGAUGACCAAGUGGGAGGUGAAGGAAUACCUCACCAAGAUCUACAACGUCCCAGUCAAGAAGGUGAUGACUCAGAACUUCGAGGGAAAGCGCAAGCGAAUAAUGGGGAAGCGGUCGAUCGUGCCGUACAAACGACCAAACUUCAAGAAGGCGAUAGUCACGUUCGCAAGUCCGCAGUGGACGCCGAACAAGGGGCCGCGGUCGCUGCCUAGCUAACUCGCCUACCGAUCGUAGCCCACUCGUAGCAAGAUUGUGAGGCAGGUGCUUGGGUGUGUACACUUGAGGGUUACCAACCGGAACAGCAGUGGCGUCCUGCAGACCGCCCAGUUUUAUGAGAUGAUAUACGAAACGCGCCUCCAUAAGUAUCAACGAGUGCUGACGGGGUGUAGUGCCGUGUCACCAUGUUUGGCGCUGUUUGUAAACGAAGGCAUGGCUUGUUUUUGGUCGUUGCCAGCUGGGGUCCGGCCCUGCUAACCUAGUGGGGGGAGCCGCCUUCGCUACAUGCCCGAUGUUGGGAUCCAGACCACGUUGUGCAUGAAGGCAUUGAACACGUGUUGCAGAUUUACUGAAGGAAGUUCCAACACAUGGGAUAGUGCUGUAGCCUGUUAGUUUUUUAAUAUGUCGUUGUAUGCCUCCUGCGUGUUGCAAGCACCCCGGCUGCGCUACUUGUACAGCAGCACUGGUCCGCCAUUCCAGGCUCAUUCUGCCAAGCAUAUCAACCGCAACAAUCCCCGACCAAGUAGACAUCAGGGUUGAGACAUGACUCAGCGGUGGGUCCUACCCUA